GAUCUGUCACUGUGGAUGUUGGAUGAUGACUGUUCUUUUUCUCCUGCAGAAGCUCCACCACGUGGUUUUCGGUACCACUGCCAGGCUGCUGGUGCUGAAACUCAUAAGAUCCCUAUAUCUGGAUUUCAUCUUCCACGUACUUGUUACGCAGUUGUCUUGCAGGAACUCCUUGAGUUUGCCCAGCCAGCCAGAGGGGUCCAGCCUCGCUUUUUCUGCAGGUCUAACGACAGAUUCCGAAUUAGCUGGUGCCUCGGUCGAAUGGCUACCGUAGCAGGCAUUGAGAGCUCUCUGCAGCUUUUUGCUGUAGAAGACCUGAUAGUAGAACUGUACCUGAAGAAAUACCUAAAGGAGCCAUCCAAGACAUGGGUGUCUAGAAAACUAGAUGUCUGCCUGUGGGAUUUCUCCAGUAACACCAGGUGCAAGUGGCACGAGGAGAACGAUAUAAUCUGCUGUGCUUUGGCAUCCUGUAAGAAAAUUGCUUACUGCAUCAGUAGAUCUUUAGCCAAUGUGUAUGGAGUCCCACUAACAGCAGCUCACCUGCCUCUGGGAGUCUCUCAUUGUGAUCAAAGCACAAGUACCACGAUUGUGAAACUGGAUGCUGGUUAUCAGAAAAUGAAAGCUGAGAGUUGUGGAUAUGACAGACCUUUUGGUGCUCCAAGUCGGGAUCGUGAGUUUAUCCCUUCUAAUCGUGAUUCUCCGUGUGGUGUGAAGACUUCCCUUGGUGUGAAAGAAGUGUCGUAGGAAGAGGAGUUGCUCCAUUUCUGAAAAGUUCAUCUGAUCUAUUCAAAUCUUUCAGUAUUUGAAAAUCUUUUUUACAUUCAGGACUGAUUUUCUUUGUUUCCCUAAGAAAACCAGUAGUAGAGACUGCAGUUUUUCACCUUCUGUGCAACCCUUGACAGUCCAAGUUCUUGUUAGAAUGAUAAAACUAUUGACCGGAUUUAAAGAAGAUAAAAAUCUUGUUUGUUAUCUGCAGAAAGACUUGUUUUGGAGGGACCUGGCAGUUGCAUCUUCAAAAAUACAUGCCCUACUGUUUCUGUUUCUUAAUGAGUGGAGAGCAAAUUCAAGAUUGAUUAAUCAGUAUAAUUGGGUUGGAAGAAUUCUUUGGUGGCAAUAUGACUGUAAACAAGUGCUUUAUUUCUUCUGUAAUAACCUUGUCCUCUUCUGCAUGUGGAAGACAAAAUUUCAGUGUAUAAUAGUCUCUCUCCAAAAAAUGAUGCAGGGGGAAGCAUUGAAGGUAUGAAGGGGAAUUUAAAGGUACAGUAGUCCUGAAGGUUUCUAUAAUUGAUCAGUUCUAGCCAUGAAGAAUUUGAGUGGUCUUUCAAGGCAAGAAAGCAGACUUGAUAUGAAGUGUCUUGAAAGAAAUACUUUGGCAAAUUUAUUUUAUCUAAUAAUGUUCUUAGAGGCACAGACUAUAUUGUGUACAUCACAAACAAGGACAACUUUUAAUUUUUUUUUUAAAUUUGCAUCAGUUUUCAUUUUAAGAAAUGCAUGUCCCUCAAAGUUACAGACUGGAGAGAAGUCUAAGUGUUUUGGGUUUUUUUUUUAUUUUUUUUGAAAAGAGUAUCAAAUUCAAACUGAUACAUUUGGCAAGUUUAGCCUGGCUGGGUGUAUACUAAUCAUAAUUAUUUGAGGGCACAUAACAAAAGUGGGAGACUGAUUAACAUUCUUCAGGGAAGUUAGUUGUUCCAUUUUAUGGAGGUACAGUUCUGGGACCAGUUCCCAGAAAGUUGUCUGAGCCUUGUCCACGUGUCUUUAAGCAAUGGAUUCUCAGAAAUAUGAUCUUUUUUUUUUAAGUUGUUUCUACGUUUUGUUCCAACAGAGGUCCAGCUUUGAAACACUAUUUCCAUGGCAACUACCUGUGUGAAGGUACUUAUUUCAUUCCUCUGUGAAGGUACUUAUUUCAUUCCUUCUAGGUACUGAAACUCAAGAUUAGGUGGUUCAUUCUGUUGAAAAGGAAGAAACCUCAACAAAACCAAUGCAAACAAAACACAAAACCCAACUAAAAUAAGAGGUUUAUUUGUGGAUAAGCUCAGCCAUGCUGAUCAGUGUGUCAAAAAAGGCCAAUUGCUAUUUAAGUUGGAAACCUGUUACAACUGCUGGAAGGCCAGUUGAGGCAUUUCUUCCAGUAUUGUAGGAUCACUGAGGCAUUUCCAUUCUUCUUAGGUAACUGUUUGCCCCAUCACUGAAUUUCCAUGUAUUAUUCUGUAUUUGCUUCCUUGGAGGCUGCUGUCCUACCUGCUAAUUUUCACCAAAUAAGAGACAAUAAACCCUUAAGACUGAAAUCCACCCCUGGAGCACCUGGGAAUGUUGUACCAGGAUGAGUGUGUCUAUCCAGUAGUGCUGAAGGCUUCCCUGUGUUUGUAUAGAGUUGUUGAAGUUCUGAGUUUCGUAGUUGACAGUUCAAAACAUACAACUGUAGUCUUUGAAUUAUUUUCGGAGUUCAGCAUUGCAAUAAAAGCUUCCUGUUUCAAUCCUUGCAUAGAAGAGAAGCCUUCAAAAAGUAUUAUUAAAAUACUCAUUCAGAGUUAGGUGCACAAACCUGGGAACAUUUGUUGUUAUGCUUGAUGUGUUCUGUGUCAAGACUGAGAUAAAGAAUCUGAGCAGGAGUGGAGAAAUACCGUUAGGAUUCCAUGUCAUAUCUGUACCUUAUCACCUGUAACUUAAAAUAGCACAUAAGCUGUAGAAGAUCUAAUUAUAUGCAGGAGCAGUGGGCUGUUAACUGGAGCAGUAACUCUUAUUGUAAUAACCAACAACCUACAGUGGAGUUUUUUUGUAGUGAAAACCACAAGAUCUGUAUAAUUAGAGUGAGUACGUUCACUUGAUGUAACCCAUUUAAUACUAUUGUUCUGCAUAUAUUGAGGGAGAUCCCUAACAGCCACUGAAGGAUGAUAGAAAAUUCUUUCAUUUUGGAGCUCUGUUUCCCUGGCUGCUUUGCAAUUUGAAACUCUGUUUGGUUUCUCAAAAAAUAGAUUCCGAAAAAUAAUUUCUGAAAAUAAAUUCUUGAAAAAUAAACACAGUCAGCUAAUGCUUCUCUCCAUUAAAUAAAGGAAAGUAAAGAUGAGGGAAAGAUGGUGACUUACAACUUUAGCACACCUCUUAAGUGCAAGGAAUAGGACUGGUAAGGCACAAACUGCGGGUCACAACCAGGACAAAAUUCUCCCCACUUGUAUGACAGGAUUCUCAAGGGGAAAUAAAACCAAGUAAAGGCAGAGCUUUAAACAUGUACUUUCCACGUGGUAAAAAGUAACAGUGAUGAUACUCUCUGCAUGUGGGGGGUGUAGGUACAACAUGUAUUGAACUGGCUGAAGAGUUGGUUUUGUAAACAAGACACCUGAUAGAUUCUGUCAGACCUGACUUUCUGUCCUGUUAGUGUAGGUGCUCAUUCCCAUGACAGGAAUGGGUAAAAACCAUCCUGGUUUUAUGUACACGUUGGAAAGUUACUUGGUAUUUUUGUUCUUAUAAUAAUAGUAGACAAAUGGUUGAACUAUGCAUUGCUACUCUUUAAAGGCUUUGGCUGAAACAGUUGUUUGAGGGUUGUGAAAGCAAUGGGCUGUGAUGCCAACUUUGCUGAUCUAGUGUGUGGCAUCAGUAUAUUGACUUCUUAAUCACAUUCUUUUACAUUCUCUUAAGAGUAAGUAACUGAUACUGAAAAAUAAAGCAUGUUAAUACAGAGUAAGCAGCAGUUACUGGUUCUGUGUGUAUAAACUGUGAAUUAACUGUCACUUGUGCAUUGCUGGCUUGUCCACCCUCUCCUUUCAAUAAACUGCAGAAACUAGA